UUCAUUCAGACAAGAUGGCUGCGCCCAUGAAGCACAGUGCGACCUUCUUGUCGCACAUUUGUUCCAAAGAAUAUAUUUUAUUACGUAGAUCUUUCAUGCAAAGUCAGCUGAUAUGCGCAAGAGAAAAAAACUCAGAGUCUGUAACUUCAGUACGAAUAGAUUCCAAGAUACUGAAAACUCCAACCAAAACAGACGGUAAAGCUCAAAAGAUUAGCAGAGCAAUGAGGGCAUACUUAGAAAAGGCAAAACGAUAUCAGGAUGCUAUGGAUGAGCAGAAUACACUGUAUGAAGUUGGCAAGCGACAUUUAGCAAAUAUGAUGGGAGAAGAUCCAGAAAGCUUUACUCACAAAGAUGUUAAAAGAGCUGUUGCAUACCUAUUACCUUCAGGACUUCAUGAAAAGAAAGCCAGACCUGUAAUGCCGUUACCUGUAGACAUACUUCCAGUACAAAAAGUUGUACAGUUUGGAACAGAUGGACGACCUUUCCAUUUCAUGUUUUACACCACUAAACCAGUAUUUUCUGAAUUAUUACAUGAUGUGACAAGGCAUUUACGAACUUUAAAAGCUAAAGAAGAUGAAUUUUAUAGAGCUGACAAGUUUGAUCAAAUAUAUGAAAACACAUUAAAGUUUGUAGAUAGUGACUGGAUUUCUUAUGACAGAUUUACACUCCUUUUCAAAGAAGAAAGGAUUUCUCAAGAUGAUUACAAACUUUUCUUAAAAAAUGUUCAGCGCCUUGUGGACCACCCACUGAACCACAAGGUAGAAGAUUUUAUCAUGCGGUACAGAGAAAAAUUCCAAGGAACUCAAACAAAUCCUAAAUAUAAGAUACUUGAAGAAUCUGAAGAUGGAAGUAAGGUGAUUCGGGCAGAAGGAGGUAGAAAAACAGCCAAAGCUGAGGUCAAGUUGAUAUCUCCAGGCACUGGGAAAUUUACUUGUAAUGGACAACCAAUCAAUUAUUUUCCAUCUGUUAUAAGCAGAGAGCAGAUUAUGUUUCCACUAGAACUGGCAGGAAAAUUAGGACAAGUUGAUGUAGAGGCUAAAGUUGAAGGUGGAGGUCAAAGUGGCCAGUCAGGUGCUAUACGUCUAGGAAUAUCCAGAUGUUUAGUAUCUAUUGUUGAUGAGGAGACAGUACAAAAGAUGAGACUAGCUGGAUUAUUAACUAGAGAUCCAAGGAUGAGAGAAAGGUCAAAACCAUUCAAGAAAGGUGCAAGAAAGGGUCGUGUAUGGAAAAAGAGAUGAAGAUGAACAAAUGGAACAUUAUAUUUACCAGGACUAAUUUGUUUGUUUGUUAUGUAUAUAUACAGUCAAGUAUUUGCUUGUCAUUUUUAGCUCACCUGACCUGAAAGGUCAAGUGAGCUUUUCUCAUCACUUUGCGUCCGUCGUCCUGCGUCCGUCGUCCGUCGUCCGUCGUCCGUAAACUUUUACAAAAAUCUUCUCCUCUGAAACUACUGGGCCAAAUUUAACCAAACUUGGCCACAAUCAUCAUUGGGGUAUCUAGUUUAAAAAAUGUGUGGCGUGACCCGGCCAACCAACCAAGAUGGCCGCCAUGGCUAAAAAUAGAACAUAGGGGUAAAAUGCAGUUUUUAGCUUAUAACUCAAAAACCAAAGCAUUAAGAGCAAAUCUGACAUGCGGUAAAAUUGUUCAUCAGGUCAAGAUCUAUCUGCCCUGAAAUUUUCAGAUGAAUCGGACAACCCGUUAUUGGGUUGCUGCCCCUGAAUUGGUAAUUUUAAGGAAAUUUUGCUGUUUUUGGUUAUUAUCUUGAAUAUUAUUAUAGAUAGAGAUAAACUGUAAACAGCAAUAAUGUUCAGCAAAGUAAGAUUUACAAAUAAGUCAAUAUAACCGAAAUGGUCAGUUGACCCCUUUAGGAGUAAUUGCCCUUUAUAGUCAAUUUUUAACCAUUUUUCGUAAAUCUUAGUAAUCUUUUACAAAAAUCUUCUCCUCUGAAACAACUGGGCCAAAUUAAACCAAACUUGGCCACAAUCAUCAUUGGGGUAUCUAGUUUAAAAAAUGUGUGGCGUGACCCGGCCAACCAACCAAGAUGGCCACCACAGCUAAAAAUAAAACAUAGGGGUAAAAUGCAGUUUUUGGCUUAUAACUCAAAAACCAAAGCAUUUAGAGCAAAUCUGACAUGAAGUAAAAUUGUUCAUCAGGUCAAGAUCUAUCUGCCCUGAAAUUUUCAGAUGAAUCGAACAACCUGUUGUUGGGUUGCUGCCCCUGAAUUGGUAAUUUUAAGGAAAUUUUGCUGUUUUUGGUUAUUAUCUUGAAUAUUAUUAUAGAUAGAGAUAAACUGUAAACAGCAAUAAUGUUCAGCAAAGUAAGAUUAACAAAUAAGUCAACAUGACUGAAAUGGUCAGUUGACCCCUUUAGGAGUUAUUGCCCUUUAUAGUCAAUUUUUAUCAAUUUUUCGUAAAUCUUAGUAAUCUUUUACAAAAAUCUUCUCCUCUGAAACUACGUGGCCAAAUUGAACCAAACUUGGCCACAAUCAUCAUUUGGUUAUCUAGUUUUAAAAAUGUGUGGCGUGAGCUGGUCAACCAACCAAGAUGGCCGCCACGGCUAAAAAUAGAACAUAGGGGUAAAAUUCAGUUUUUGGCUUUUAACUCAAAAACCAAAGCAUUUAAAGCAAAUCUGGCAUGAAGUAAAAUUGUUCAUCAGGUCAAGAUCUAUCUGCCCUGAAAUUUUCAGAUGAAUCGGACAACCCGUUGUUGGGUUGCUGCCCCUGAAUUGGUAAUUUUAAGGUAAUUUUGCUGUUUUUAUACGACCGCAAAAAAAUUUUGAGGUCGUAUAUUGGUAUGACGUUGGCGUCGUCGUCGUCGUCGUCGUCGUCGUCGUCGUCGUCCGAAUACACAAUGGUUUUCGCACUCUAACUUUAGUUUAAGUGAAUGGAUCUCUAUGAAAUUUUACCAUAAGGUUCAAUACCACAAUAGGAAGGUGGGGAUUGAUUUUGGGGGUUAUGGUACCAACAGUAAAGGAAUUAGGGGCCAAAAAGGGGCCGAAAAUAAGCAUUUUUGUAACUUCCAGACAUAACUUGUGUGUUAGCAUAUGGAUCUCUUUGACAUUGUACCACAAGAUUCCAUAUCACAAAGGGUCAAUGCUGGGAUUGAUUUUGGGGUUAAUUGCCUCAAAAUUUUAGGAAUAAGGGGCCAAAAGGGGGCAAAAAACAAGCAUUUUUCUAGUUUCAUGACAAUAACUUGUGUGUAAGUGUAUGGAUCUUUCUGAAAUUUUACUACAAGGUUCCAUUUCACAAAGGGAAAGCUGGAAUUGAGUGUUGUGGUAAUUGCCCAAAACGUUUAGUAAUAAGGGGCCUAAAAAGGGGUUUAAAAUAAGCAUUUUUUAGUUUCUAGACAAUAACUUGUGUUCAAGUGUAUGGAUCUCUCUAAAAUUGUAUUACAAGGUACCAUACCACAAAGGCAAGGCUGUUAUUGAGCUUGGUUUGGGGGGAAAGGGGGGUGGGGGUGAUGAAUCAUAAGGGGGGCGGGGGUCAAAAAAGGGGUAAUUUUUUUUUUUCCUUUUUUUUUUGUUUAAAAUUUACAUUUUAAGUUAGUUAUUUUUUAUCACGAAGAGAAAGUAGGAAUUGAGUUUUGGGGUUAAUUGCUCAAACAUUUAUGAAUAAGGGGCCAAAUAUUGGUCGAAAAUAAGGAUUUUUUUAGUGUGCUCUAAUGUUUAAGGAAUAAGGGGAAAAAAGGUUAAAAAACAAGGGUUUCCAUUUUAAUAGACAAAUAAUUGAGUAAAGAACAUUAUUUAAAAGCAGUGUAAGGUUGGUAAUUCAAACUCAUUUAAAUAUCUCAUCUACACUGCUUUUAAAUUAUGUAAAUUGGAAAUUUGCCAAUAACUUUAUUGUUAAUAAAUGCAUUGGAAAUUUGCCAACAAUUUUAGUGUAAUAAACUUCAUUGGAAAUUUGCCAAUAUAAAAUUUUGCUGAUGAAGGUUUUUUGUUUACCUUUAGCCUUGACUAUGAAGUCAUUUUCUAUUUUUAUAGCCUUAUGAUGUAGCUGAAUUAUUUAAUACUUUUAUGAUGUGUUUAAAUGGGGUUUUAUCAUGUUUAUGGUUGCAAAUUUAUUGUUUUAGUAUAAUAAACUCCAUUUAAAAUUUGCCAAUAAAAAAAAUUUUUGUUUAUUUUUAGCUAUGAUUAUGAUGUCAUUUUC